CGUGGAAAAUCCUAACUAUAAGGAGAUGAUCAGCAAAUACCGCCAUCUGGAAGGCGUUUCAAUGGAAGACAUCGACACUAAGAGCUUACUUCCGGUCCAUGUUAUUCUGGGCGCGAGUGACUACGCGAAGAUAAAAACUCGAGAAUCCCAACGCACCGGAGCUAUCGGCGAGCCUGUGGCUGAGUACACUCUUUUUGGAUGGACCAUCAUGUCACCAGGAACGGAGACAGACCUGGACAGGAUGUUUCUAGCGCAGACGGCCUCGAAUGACUAUGAAGAGCUUUACCGGAUGGACGUCCUAGGACUCGAAGACAAACCUAAUGGCGAUCAGAGCGUUGUUUAUGAAGAAUUCCUUGAACAACUCAGCCGCAGCCCUGAGGGUUGGUAUGAAACUGGCCUUCCCUGGAAAGGGGACCAUCCUCCGUUGCCCUCUAACAAGUCUGGAAGCUUAAAGCGACUGGGGAGCCUAGUCCAACGACUUAAGAAGACAGGAAGGCUAGACGACUAUGACGCUAUCAUACAAGAACAGCUUAAUGAAGGAAUUAUUGAAGAAGCAGAGAUGCCAGCAACUCAAAGAGAAUUCUACAUCCCGCACAAAGCAGUAGUGAGAGAGAGUGCAGAAACUACCAAGAUGCGUAUUGUCUACGAUGCCUCAGCAAGAGCGUACGACUCAGCCCCUUCCCUAAACGACUGUCUGGAAGUUGGACCACCCCUGCAGAAUCAACUAUGGAAGGUACUCCUAAGGGGACGGUUUCAUUCAGUGGCUAUCGCUGGCGAUAUUCGCAAAGCAUUUCUUCAAGUGCGUAUCCGAGAGCAGGACCGAGAUGCGCUGCGGUUUCAUUGGUUGGAAAGCAAGGAUCCUUUUCGUGUUCGCACGUACCGAUUCACCAGAGCUCUGUUUGGUUUGGGACCCUCGCCGUUUCUGCUUGGCGGUGUAAUUCAGCACCAUCUGAACACUUGCAGACCUACACACCCUGAUCGCGUAGCAGAAAUCGAGCGAGAACUGUACGUUGACGAUCUCAUUUCGGGUGGAGGUACUAUCCAAGAAGCGAAACAAAAGAAAGCUGCAGCAACUGAGAUGUUCCACCAGGCCACCUUCCACUUACACAAGUGGCAUUCAAACGUGACUGAACUAGAGCUCACUGAAGAAACUGAAACUGGGGAUGACUUAAGCUACGCCAAGCAACAACUCGGAAUCAAGCCGAGAGAAUGUGGGCUGCUUGGUUUAAAGUGGAACAAACUGACGGACGAAGUUGGAGUUACAAUUCCAGAGGAAGUUGCCCAACCGACAAAGAGAGGGAUUCUGGGAAAAGUGGCGAGGAUCUAUGACCCCCUUGGUCUUAUCGCUCCAAUCACCCUGCAAGGAAAGCUUCUGUACCGCGAUGCCUGUGAAGAGAAACGUGCAUGGGACGCUCCGUUAUCCACCCCCCUAGAACAGCAGUGGCAGAAGUGGGAACGUUCCUUGCCGCAACACGUAACUUGUCCACGAGCACUCACCAGCGUCCAAGAACCUAUCGAGGACAUUAAACUUCAUGCUUUUGGAGACGCGAGCGGAAAGGGCGUGGCCGCUUCUGUGUACGCUGUGGUCAGACAGUCAAGCGCAAUCAACCAAGGCCUGGUUACAGCAAAGGCAAGACUGGCCAAACAAGGGCUGACAAUACCUCGCCGCGAACUGGUCUCCGGUCACAUGGCUGUAAAUCUUCUGACCAACGUACGAGAUGCACUGCAAGGAUUCCCUGUGACUUCGCUGCAUUGUUGGCUUGACAGCAGCGUGGCCUUACAUUGGAUACUAGGAGGAGGAGACUAUAAGCAGUUUGUGGCAAACCGGGUACGAAAAAUUAGAGAACACUCUGAUGUUGUCUGGAGGCACGUACCUACUCAGGAUAAUCCUGCAGAUCUUGCUAGCCGAGGUGGACUGGUAACUGAGGAGAACCAACUGUGGUGGAAGGGACCAGAGUGGCUAAGUGAUCCUGUGAAAUGGCCAGCCGACCUUGUGACCGCGCCCACCGCUGAAUCUAACGCAGAAAUGAAGGCUACAAAGGAGCUCUUUGCCAUGGCCGUUAAAGCUGAAGACGAUCUAGACCAUCUUCUGGCCAAGCACAACUACUGGAAGACUUUGCGAGUGUGCGCUUGGAUUAUGCGGUUCGCAAACAACGCUAGAGCGAAAAGAGCGACAAGAACAAAGGGACCCCUGACAACAGACGAAAUUGAGAAGCAGAAACACUUUUGGUUGCUACGCGUACAGAGCCGUGGAAGUGAAAGCAUGGAGGAAGAUCGCCUGUGCCUAAACUUACAGAAGAACAAAGAUGGAUUGCUUGAGUGCCGUGGGAGACUGCAAGGGGUCUAUCCGAUAUACAUCCCAGACGCCACAACGUUCGCAAACAAAUAUGUCGAACACGUCCACAAAGCCACUCUUCACGGGGGAGUGGGGCUUACUAUGGCUAAAGUGAGAGAAGAGUUCUGGAUUCCCCGCCUGAGGCGCCUCGCGAAGAAAGUCAUCAGGGAGUGUUAUGGGUGCAAACGCUUCCAGGCGGUUGCGCUCGCAGCUCCACCCCCCGGUUUAUUGCCUCUGGAGAGAACUGAGGGCUCAACUCCCUUUGAAAUUGUUGGAGUAGAUUUUGCUGGGCCGAUCAAGUACCGCAAGUCCUCUCGUGUAGAAGGAAAAGGCUAUCUGGUGCUCUACACGUGCAGUUUAACGAGAGCCUUGUACUUGGAGGUCCUGCCUAAUCUGGAAACUACUACCUUUCUUUCAAGCUUGAAGCGUUUCAUCGCUAGACGUGGACGACCUUUAAAGAUCUUUUCAGACAAUGGAAAAACGUUCGUAGGAGCGGCAAACCUACUGAAAGGAAUUCAGAAAGAUGAGCAAGUUCAAGGCUACCUUGCAUCAGAGAAGAUUAUCUGGAGGUUUAACCUAAGUCGAGCACCCUGGUGGGGUGGCCAGUUUGAGCGACUAGUGGGCCUCUUCAAACGUGCAUUCUAUAAAGUAAUUGGUGGAGGAAUGCUAUCCUGGUCAGAGCUGUGCGAAGUCGUGCUGGAUGUUGAAACUCAACUAAAUCGCCGCCCCCUGUCCUAUGUAGAAGAUGACGUCCAGCUCCCUCUACUCACCCCAUCUUCUUUCCUAUUCCAAAGAUGUAUUCGCCUCCCUGAACAAGAACCAUGGCGAGAGGAGACAACUGACCUACGAAAGCGUGCCAAGUAUUUGAGGUCUUGUAAGGACGCUGUGUGGAGACGCUGGUCUCGAGAGUACUUGGCGGCGCUCAGAGAGCGUCACAACUGCAAUGGAAAAGGCAAGGCGAGGCCCUUAAAGCCUGGUGACGUCGUUCUCAUUCGUUCAGAAGAAAAGAACCGAGGAAAGUGGCCAUUAGGAGUGGUCGCUAAACUAUUCAACGGCCGUGAUGGAAUUGUACGUGGAGUGAAGCUGCGCGCAGGGAAAACGUUUCUGGAGAGGCCGAUUCAACACCUUUAUCCCAUGGAACUAGCAUGCGAUAGAGCGCCGGAGAGAGCUGACGUCCUUACCCCCCUGAAUGCUAAAGCGCCAGUUUUUCGUCCACGGAGAGAUGCUGCGGUUGCCGCAAACUUGCGUAUUCGUGACGCUAUAGAGAGUGAAGAACUUUAAACCUAAACGCAGGACAGACCUGUGCGGAUGGACGGAGAAUUAAAGUGAUUUCAGCGGACUUUGACAUUCAUUACUUUGUUUUGUUUUGUUUCUGAUUUCAAUUUAAUUAUUAAUUAAGCUGGCCGUUUCCUCUGUUUACAUGUGCUUCCGUUUGGAAGGCACAUGGGGGGAGUGUGUCGGAAACAGAAUAAUAGCAUAGAUAUCAAAUAGCGAUUGUGAAAUGUUUGUCUGGAAAUUUUGUUAUUCUUAUGUCUGGAAGAUUCGUAUCUAGCCAAUCAGCGUUCUUUUAACUAAGGUGUCCCGCAAAGAUAAGGAACAAUUGUCUGU